AUGGCGUGCACGCACACGGUUGGCUGUCUGUCGUCUUGUGCGCAGCCUCAAGGCGUGCUGGCAGCUGGCAGCUGGAAGCUGCCGGCUGCCGGCCAACCAUGUGCACAGGUCUAUAUGCGGCUGUCUAGUAUACAUUCAGCCUCGUUGUCUGGCCGGGCAAACUGUGGUGCUCGUCGGACCUACUAUCUCGACUUCUCUGCCUCUUCCUGCCUGGGCGUCGCCGCUGCCGGCAGUCUGCUACCGUUACCAGCCAUGUGUCAGACCGCUGUGGCGGCCAACGGUCGCGCAGAGCAGCACCCACACCAUGAGCCCGUGACUGUAAGACCCUGCGGCCAGCCGAGUCGCCAUUCUCUGGUGUGCUCCGCUGCGACAAUGGACUGGAGAAGCGUCAAGGCGACAAGGCGAAUCAGCGUGGAGAAAUGGGCUUGGGGCAAGGAGCCAUGCAGACCGCAACUUGUGCAAAUGCAAGCAUUAUCCCAAGCGUGUUUUUCUCUACGAACCGCGCCAAGCAGGGAAAAAAAGAAGAAAAAAAGUUCCACCUCUGAUAGCCGGGCAGAGGAACCUACUGGGAACGGCUUUGUGCAACGGCGCUCGCAAUUUGGCCAGCUUGGCGGAUCCCGUGGUGAUGACCGAAGGCGUGCCGCAAAGACGAGCGAGCAGCGGAUUGAGUCGCGUCUAGAGGGAGACCAAGCGUGCGAUGACAAUUAA